AUGGAUACGUGCAAGCCUGAGUCUGAAGUGGGAAGACCUCUGACUGCGUCCUCUCGCCCGUUCUGUUGCUCGAUCCCUGCAUUUGCAUCCCCGGAAUUUUGCGGCGUUGCUGAACGCCAGUCACGUGCUAGUAGGCGCAUGGUACAUGCAUUCGAAGUGGGAAACGACCGAUGCCUUGUAACACAGUUCGUCAGGUCGGCUGGGUAUUCAUGCGCUGCGGUACCUCGGUGCGGAACAGAUUCCAGCAGAAAUCCAGGAGGCUCUCGCGGGCACGCGGGUGACAGUGGUACAGCCGCCCUGCAGGAAUCGAGAUCGCGUGGAGCCUUACUCGGCUGUUGUGACUACCUGCUGCGGCGUCUGCUUCCAUCAGUUCUGUCCGCCUCUCUUGAUAAUGAGAGGACCUUCGAUUCGUCGGCGACGGCGCAGAGGCGAAAAGGGAACGCUCAGUGCUGCCGGUGUCGUCAGCCGUUGCAUGCACAUGAGCGAGCCGAGCCACCAGUUUACCAGAUGAGGAUACCCGAGAGUCCACCGACACAUGCCACUCGAGAACAGGGAACUGCACGAAGGAGCGAGCCCUCGACAGGCGCGUCAUGGAUUCCAACAGAAGCCGGGAAGACAAGCAGCGCGCAUAGAAGAGGGCCUUCCGCAAACGAUGGCAGCUCUCGCGUCGUCAGUUCGUUGAGUGCUGGUAACUACAGCGAUUCAAGGUCCGCCGCCAUCGCAUACGCCUUUUUUGCAGACCGUCUGCGAGCCAUUCGAAAGGAGGCCGUCUGCGAGCGCCUCAGUCCAGCAGACGUGUUCAUCAUCCUUUUGCAGUCUUCUCGCUUUCAUCUUUUCGCAGAAUAUUUCUGGGGCGGAGGCAGGUACUGCGCGUCUGCGUUGCCACCUGAGAGCGAGGGCUCUCCCCCAGCGUCAGGUUUGACAAGCGAGUUCGAAAACUGUCCCACGGUAUCAGCAGCGAGGCCACAGCCCACGCAACGGGGAGAGGAAGGCUCGCUGGCGAGUCACGGCGGAGCAGGGCAUCUGCCGGCUCGAGUUUUCCCCAGUGACGGGGGUGACUCCCAGCCCUCCACUGGGGAGUCACACAGACGAGGCACUGCGUUGCAAGGCCCCUCGCCCAAAGACACAUUCGUGGUCUCCGGCUUCUCUCCCAGCCUCAAUCGGUUCCUUCUUUCCUCUUGCCUGGCACAGCUGAUCGGCAUUAUUCUUCGCGAGUCGCGCUAUUUUUUCCGUCGGAGGGCGCUGAGAAAGCAGAAGGCUGGGCACGCAAUGAGUAGCGAAGGCCAUCUUUCCAGGGACGUCGACCGCCACGCGUCCUCUUCUGACGACAGUCGCGCGGUGCUGGAGGAGUUUGCUCGCGGGCUGGGUGUCGAGACCUCAGAAAUCGACGAGGCCAUCUCCUACUUUUUUGUCUUCCAGGCGCUGGCGGUGCCUCUUCACGCGCCCUCCAACGCUGGAAAGGAAAGGUGCAUUUUCGCAAUGCAGGAGAUCCUAAACGCCCUCGGCAAGUGCUGGGGCUUCCUGCCGUGGUCUGCGUGGGCGCUCAGGGUCGCCAUUCAAGCUUCGUCCGGCGUGGCGCCGCAUCGCGUACUGCUGGCAGCGAAAGCAGCGCCCAUCCCCUUCCUGCUCCAGUGCGCCAUGUAUCCUCACGCGGAUCGGCUCCGAGCGGCCGUCCUCGCGGGGAUAAAAAUGUCCGCGCCGAGUGCGGCUGCCGGGACGGUGGUUCCACUGCAGCGGGUCGCGAAGCUCAUGUCUUGUGACCGCGAAGCGGCGUCGAGCGUCUGCCUGCGCCUGGCAGUCGGCGACGCAGUUUACAGUGACGAAGGCCGCGCAGGUACUCAGGAGGUGAAGCGCGCCGAACUCGCAGCCGGCGAAAGCUGCACUCAGCAGAGCGCCGGGGGGACAUGCCAGACCUUGUCAACUCAGCCCGCGAACGGGACGCCGUACAGGAUAUCCGCGGAAGCGGAGGGCUUGUCGCGCGCCAGGGAUGCAGUGGGAAACUCCCCUAGUGGUCUGCGCGGCGAAGCUAGCUCCGGCACAAAAGACGCAAGAUACACGGCCGACGCGCCGCACGCUCUGCCUACAGCAGACAACACGGCCACGUCCAGAGAGCUGGCUGGAUUCCGCGUGCGGCGAACAGACGCGUCACGCCCCGCAGGGGCUGCCUUUGGACCAAGUAGUGGCAAGGCGGCACCAAGUUGUUUUUCUGAGCUACUGGUCUCCGUUGGAGACGAUGCGUGGACGCGGUCGGCGCCUGCAUUCGCCGUACGCGCUCCCGCCGAUGCCAGUGAACUGCGAAACCUAUUUGCGUGGCCUCCGCUACCUGUCAGUUAA